AUGACUAUAGUGGGCGUGUACUCGAGGGCCACGUCACUUUACAACACCACAUUUUACAAGGCGUGUGUGCAACGGAAGAAGCGGAGAGGAUGGACGUUUAUAAAAGAGCGCGUUUGAAGGAUUGAACACCAUUCAUUGAAAAGGAAUGAAAUCUUCUGGUUCUGAACUCAUAAAGACCUCUUCUGACAGCUUUUAUAGCUGAAGCGGUCAGAAACUGAUGCGAUUACCUCGGCUGGAGCUGCUCGUUCAUUCCGAGAACGCAUCGAUCAAUUAUUUGUUUCAAGACCAUAACAUCAUACAAAUGGAAUGCAAACUCUUGCCAUUUCUAGACCAGAAGCCAGAGACAUCCUCCCCAAAAUAACUAUUGUGCUUCAUGAGAGCACCGUUGGACUAACAUCCAAAUCAAAUACCAAACAAAGACCAAAUAGUAAUUCAUCUAACAGAUGACGGAUGCUUCCGUUUCCUUCUAGAAAGACAGCAAACCAAAGGAAUAAGCGAUUAUAUGUGCAUUUGCUAGAAUCUUUACUAAAAUAAGCAAUUAAAACGAUUCCAUUUUGACUGUAAUAAUAACGUAAACAUGUUAAAAACAGGACCAGCAAUGGAGGCGGCGGAUAUUACAGUUGUUGCACUUUAUUUUGUCCUUGUGCUCGUAAUUGGCCUGCUCGCCAUGUGGAAGGCCAACCACAGCACAGUCAGUGGCUACUUUCUGGCAGGUCGAACAAUGAACUGGGCGGUAAUAGGUGCCUCACUCUUUGUCAGCAACAUUGGUAGCGAGCAUUUCAUUGGACUGGCUGGUUCCGGUGCAGCAAGUGGUUUUGCAGUGGCCGCCUGGGAGUUUAACGCCCUCCUGCUUCUGCAGCUGCUCGGCUGGGUGUUCAUUCCAGUUUACAUCCACUCUGGAGUUUACACCAUGCCAGAGUACCUUUCCAAGCGCUAUGGAGGCAAGCGGCUGAAGAUUUACUUUGCAGGCCUCUCACUUCUACUGUACAUCUUUACUAAACUCUCAGUGGAUUUGUAUGCGGGAGCUCUUUUUAUUCAGGAGUCUCUUGGCUGGAAUCUCUACCUGUCGAUCAUCUUGCUCAUCAGCAUGACCGCCUUGCUGACAGUGACCGGUGGACUGGUCGCGGUGAUCUACACAGACACUCUACAGGCCGUGCUUAUGAUUGGUGGCGCGCUCACCCUUACCAUCAUCAGCCUGAUCAAGGUGGGCGGUUUGGAGGGGGUGCGGGAAAAGUACAUGGAGGCAGUUCCCAAUGUCACAGCCAUCCUGGCUAGCAGCAACUUUAGCUUUGAGUACACAAACUCCUGUCGAAUCUAUCCCAAGCCAGAUUCCCUUAAGCUCCUACGAGGACCACUUGAUGAGGACAUACCCUGGCCAGGCUUCCUGUUGGGUCAAACACCCUCAUCCAUUUGGUACUGGUGUGCUGACCAGGUUAUCGUCCAGAGAGUGUUAGCCGCCAAGAAUAUCGCUCAUGCCAAAGGCUCCACACUUAUGGCAGGAGUGCUCAAGAUCCUUCCCAUGUUCAUCAUCGUUAUUCCAGGAAUGAUCUCCCGGAUUUUGUUCCCAGAUGAGCUGGCAUGCAUUGGACCCGAGCACUGUAUGGCUGUGUGCGGCAGUCAAGCCGGCUGCUCCAACAUCGCCUACCCUCGGCUGGUCAUGAGUGUAAUGCCGGUGGGUCUCAGAGGCCUGAUGAUGGCUGUGAUGAUCGCCGCUCUCAUGAGCGACCUGGACUCCAUUUUUAACAGCGCAAGCACCAUCUUCACUUUAGACAUUUAUAAAAUGCUGCGCGCACGUGCCUCCUCACGGGAGCUGGUGGUGAUCGGCAGGAUAUUUGUGAUCUUCAUGGUUGCUAUCAGCAUCGCUUGGGUGCCAGUCAUUAUUGAGAUGCAAGGCGGCCAGAUGUACCUGUACAUCCAAGAAGUGGCAGGAUACCUCACGCCUCCCAUUGCUGCCCUCUUUCUGCUCGGAGUCUUCUGGAAACGUUGCAAUGAGAUCGGUGCAUUUUGUGGUGGCAUGACUGGCUUUGUGCUAGGCACCACCCGCCUUUUACUAGGCUUUAUUUAUCGUGAGCCAAAGUGUGAUCAACCAGAUGAACGUCCAGCUUUUAUCACUCGUAUCCACUACAUGUACAUUGCCGCUGGGCUGUUUUGGAUCUCUGGGUUGGUGGCUGUGGUUGUCAGUCUAUGUACUACCCCUCCAGAUGAGGAGAGGAUCAAGCGGACCACAAUGUGGGGCUUGAGGAAACUGAGGAGACUUGUUGUGACUGAACGAGAGGAGAUGUACAAACUCACUAAUGGCAGUGGUAAUGGUAUCCUCAAGAAAGAUGUGCCUGAGGAUGUCCAGAAGGAGAAAUGCCUCGACGGGGCUGACAUUAAACUUCUUCUGCCAUCCCCCUGUGACCAAGAUCCCACGACUCCCAACACUGAGGCAUCCACACCAAUGGAGUUGUACGGCAACGGUCACGCAAAGCUUGUGAAACAGAAGGAUGAAAGCCAGAGUGAUGAUGAGAGCUGCCUGCAAGUGAUUGAUUGGAUUUGUUGUCACAAGGAAAAAACAUCUGUAGUCGAACCCAAAUUCAUUAAAGAGGAUGAAGAAACUAUUCGUGAAAUGCUUCACGAACCUCCUAAGAUCAAGCUGUUACUUAACAUAUGCCUGGUUCUGAUCUGUCUGCUGGGUAUUUUCAUGUUUGUGUACUUCUCAUUGUAAUGUUCAGUUCGUACAGUACCUUAAGGCCUGUGUGAAAGUCGACACAUUUAUAUGAACUAUUUGUUACUACAAGCCACCUAGGGUCUGUAAUAUUUACAGUGUGAGUUAUCUUUCUUUUUAUAACUUCCAUUUAGGGACUUUAAAUAUUUUUAAUCGUACUGAUAGAAGUUAUUUAUUUUUCCUCUUCAGCUCUGUCACACCUUAAAUAUUUAUAUUUGAGCUGUUCUUCAUGGCAUUUUGAUGACCAAAUGCGUUAAUGAAACAGUAGCAUUUAUAUAGCUUAGACUUAGUUGAGCUAAGCUAAUGGAGACUUGGCCUAUACUGCUUUUUUCCUCUGUGAAUUUUGCCUUAAUAUGUGCACUCCAAACCGUAUUGAGGGCAGUUUUUUGCCUCUGGUUAUUUCUGUUUCUUAGUGAUUCCUUGAUAUAGUACUUAAACGUGUAAAGCUGUCUUUCAUAUAAGCAAAUAUGUCAUUGUAAGCACCACCAAGUUUUUUUUAAAAACUUGACCUCAUAAAUUUGUCACUUGUAUAACUGGAGUUGUGUUUCCAAAGUUUUGUGUGACACCGUUAUCAUGAAAUUAAUUUCUUUUGAGAAAGAAAUGGUUGGGAGUUUAUCAUGAUGUAAAAGUUUUAUUUAAAAAAUGUAUAUUUAUUUUGCUUUAAAGAUGCUAAAGAUAUCUCUAAGGUGUUGUACCAUUGCUGUACAUUCCCAAAUAAGCAACUGUUUGGUCCAUUCAUGUAAAUUGUAUCUGUAACUCUGUAUGUGAAUUGCUGUAUUGUUCUGAUUGGUUUUAUUUAUAUUUCUUUGAUUAUUGACUUUAGAGGUACUUUCUUUGAAAAACAAAACACCAGUUGCCUUUUGUGCAAAGCAAACUCCACAAAGACACUGCGCCAGGCUUCUUUUUGGGAAUAUAACAUGAUUUUUGUGAAAAAGAUGUUAUCAUCACAAAACAAAUCAUUCACAAAAUGCAGCCACAGAUUGAGGAUGUUAAUGAAACACCCUCACAACUAUUUCCCGAAAGACUACUCGAGAACACUGUCAGUUAUGUUGAAAUCUGAUAUUAUGAUAUCUCAAAGUUAUCAAGACUGGGAUGUCCGAUUCUGAUUGCUGCGCAAAACAGUAUCUUGUUCUUCUAGAAGAAGAAUUUGAUUAUAGCUGCAGUAACAGGCAUUGCCUGUUGUUGAUCUGCUGUUGAAUGCUCCAUUUGUUCAGACAAAGGGGAAAUGCGGAGAUGGCCUUAGUGAGUAUGAAAUGUGCGAGAGGGAUUUUUUUCUAUAAAGAUGUAACUUUUUUUCUUAAAGUGCAAACUCACAAUGUUGUAUUAAUAUCAUCACAGUCUUUGUUAAAUGAAAGUUUAACCUAAGGAUGCAACAGAAAUUCAGAAAUCAGUUAUCAUAAUAAUAAAAAUUUGCCAAGAAUGCUGGGGUAAAACCCCUACUCUCUUUUUUUUUUUUUUUUUUUUCAAAGGAUAUCCUGGGAUUUUUAACGACCACAGAGUUAGGACCUCAAUUUAACAUCUUAUUCGAAAGAUGACGCUCCCUGAGCAAUAUAGAGUCCCCUUCACUUUACUGGGGCGUUAAGACCCACACAGAUCGCAGGUUGAGCGCUCUCGCUGGCCCCACUAACACCACUUCCGUCAGCAACCUAGCUUUUCCAUGUGGUUUCUCAUCCAGGUUCUGACCAAGCGCAGCUCUGCAAAGCUUCAGUGUGCAACCAUUUGAGAGUUGCAGAGAGCUAGCUGCCAGCUUUAUUAUUAAAUAGUCAUUAUUGAAAUGAGCAACGUUAAAAUAAAUGUUUUUAAGGGCCUUCCAGACGUCAUUAUGAUGAAAUAAAAUGUACUGGGGAUUUGCUUUAGGUCUGGAUGUUUUCAAUUGUAAAUUAAAAAUAUGCUUUUAGAGCCAUUUUUGCACAGAUCAUUUUUGGAAAAGAGGUACAUAAAUAAAAAGAAAAUAUACACAUGGCUCUUUUUCAUUUUUGCUUUAAAAUAAAUUAAUUUUGUUUUAGUUUCUUAUGAUCCUUGUGAAUGUUAUUCAAUGAUUCCUUUCUCAGAUCAUAUUGUUCAGUACUGAUAUAUUGCACAGUCAAUAUUGUGGUGGACCUUAAUCGCAAAGUGAAUGAGCGCUAUCUUUAUUUAUUAAAGUGAAAUCUACUUAAAACUAAACGUACAAGUUUGAUGAGCUGCUGUACUUGUGUAAGAUAGAUCCAGAAUAACUGUUUUCACCCAAACCUGAAAUUAAAUAACAAAAUAUACUGUGAGCAAAUUUUCAUAAGUUUUGGAUGCUGGCAUUUGGAUACACCACAAGCUUCCGAACCAACAUCCAAACUUUUUGAAUAUUAAUCCAUGCAUUUACUAGUGAAAUGAUGAGGUUCAGAACUAUUUUGAAGGCACUUAAAUGUGAAUUUAAAAGCAUUGUUAUUUCAUUUAAUGUCAUUUAUUAAUAUACUAUAUAAUAAAAUAUGUUUCAACGUAGCCUUUUAUGACAACAAAGGUUUUUUUUUAUGUGGUUUUAUUAAUUUUAUAUUUUACAUUUUUACUGAAUGAUGGGAAAAGCAGAUGUUUCUGUUGUGGGAUCUGGUUUAGAGUUUGUUCAAGUGUGAGAUUCCUUGUGCUGCAGAAAUUGGGAGUUAUCAGUUUCUUUGUGAUGUGUUCCAUGAUCUCUGAGCUACAUAUGGAGUUUACUGAAAUACGCAAAUGAUUUGUACAUUGCACAUUUGCUACUUUUAUUAUCAAAAGUUGCAGAUUAAUAAAAAGACAUUCAUUUGAAAAGGACAAA